AUGUAAAAACACAGUAUAUAAAACUCGCUUUUUAAAAAUUUUAACAAUGAAAUUGGUGACGAGAGUGCAUCAGGCUUAGGUUCUGCUUUAGAAAAGUGUAUUAAUCUCUCAAAUUUAACACUUAAAAUUCGUUACAAUAAUAUUGGUUACAAAGGUGCAUCAGGCUUAGGUUCUGGUUUAGCAAAUUGCAUUAAUCUCUCAAAUUUAGCACUUUAUCUUGGUAGUAAUUACAUUGGUGACGAAGGUGCAUCAGACUUAGGUUCUGGUUUAACAAAGUGUAUUAAUCUCUCAAAUUUAACACUUGAUCUUGAAUGCAAUAAAAUUGGUGACGAAGGUGCAUCAGUCUUAGGUUCUAGUUUAGCAAAAUGCAUUAAUCUCUCAAAUUUAACACUUUGUCUUAGUUAGAAUCGAAUUGGUGACAAAGGUGUAUCAGUCUUAGGUUCUGGUUUAGCAAAUUGCAUUAAUCUCUCAAAUCUGACACUUGAACUUAAUGGUAAUGUAAUUGGUGACGAAGGUGCAUCAGACUUAGGUUCUGGUUUAGCAAAGUGCAUUAAUCUCUCAAAUUUAAAAUUUGAUCUAAAUUGCAAUCAAAUUGGUUACAAAGGUGCAUCAGGCUUAGGUUCUGGUUUAACAAAGUGUAUUAAUCUCUCAAAUUUAACACUUGAUCUUGAUUUGAAUGAAAUUUAUGACGAAGGUGCAUCAGUCUUAGGUUCUAGUUUAGCAAAAUGCAUUAAUCUCUCAAAUUUAACACUUUGUCUUAGUUGCAAUCAAAUUGGUUACAAAGGUGCAUCAGGCUUAGGUUCUGGUUUAGCAAAGUGCAUUAAUCUCUCAAAUUUAACACUUGGUCUAAGUAAGAAUUAAAUUGGUGGUGAAGGUGCAUCAGACUUAGGUUCUGGUUUAGAAAAUUGCAUUAAUCUCUCAAAUUUAACACUUGACCUUCGUUUUAAUAAAAUUAAUGACAAAGGCGCAUCAGGUUUAGGUUCUAAUUUAGAAAAGUGCAUUAAUCUCUCAAAUUUAACACUUAAACUUAGUUGCAAUAAUAUUGGUUACAAAGGUGCAUCAGGCUUAGGUUCUUGUUUAGCAAAAUGCAUUAAUCUCUCAAAUUUAACACUUUAUCUUGGUAAAAAUGCAAUUGGUGACGAAGGUGUAUCAGUCUUAGGUUCUGGUUUAGCAAAUUGCAUUAAUCUCUCAAAUUUAACACUUUAUCUUUAUGAUAAUUUCAUUGGUUACGAAGGUGCAUCAGGCUUAGGUUCUGGUUUAGCAAAGUGUAUUAAUCUCUCAAAUUUAACACUUAACAUUGGUAACAAUGAAAUUGGAGACGAAGGUGUAUCAGUCUUAGGUUCUGGUUUAGCAAAUUGCAUUAAUCUCUCAAAUUUAACACUUUAUCUUGAUGGUAAUUACAUUGGUUACGAAGGUGCAUCAGGCUUAGGUUCUGGUUUAGCAAAGUGUAUUAAUCUCUCAAAUUUAACACUUUACUUUCGUAACAAUACAAUUGGUGAAGAAGGUGUAUCAGUCUUAGGUUCUUGUUUAGCAAAAUGCAUUAACCUCUCAAAUUUAGAACUUUAUCUUAUUAACAAUGAAAUCGGAGACGAAGGUGUAUCAGUCUUAGGUUCUUGUUUAGCAAAAUGCAUUAAUCUCUCAAAUUUAACACUUUAUCUUGGGUAAAAACAGUUUAUUUGUAUUGGAUUGUGA